AUGGCCGAAGGAAAUCGAGCCGCAUAUGGGAUGCCUCCAGAGGUCGAAGGUCGCGAGGGUGGCCGGCAAGGCGGCCGUGGACCCGCACCAGGCUCCGCCUGGGUGAAGUUCCGGGCCACGCAGGUGCUCGGAGGCAGUGCGGCUGGCAUUUUCUCUUCAACUCCGCCUGAAUUUGUUCAGAAGGACAACUCAAACCAGGAAAGAGAGGCUGAAGAGGUCGAGGCCGUAGCUUGCCGCUUCGGUGACCUGAUAUGGAACCAACCGGGGGUACCACCGCCGGACUUCUCCGUCAUCAAUGAUGAUGCUGGUCCGUCGGUCAGAGCGGAGUUGUCUUUGUUCACGAGGCACGAACCCGACGGUGUGCAUGAAUCGCGCCUGCGUGGGCCGAGGCGUAAGACCGUUCCGGAGGCUCGGAAGGAUGGAUGUCAGCUGCUGCGGGUGGCUUUUGCCACAAAUGGCAGCCGAGCAGAGAUCAAGUCGAAGAUCGCCGAGUUGGAGGUGACGCAGUGGUUGGCUGCUGACCUGCUUGGGGAGGAAGUGGAUGAGGGAGCCGAGCGACGUCUUCCAGAAUUCACGACCGCCACGCAAGCUGAGAAGUUCAAAGAGCAGGAGAAGAGCGUGUCUUCUCUGCGAGAAUGGAUCUAUGCAAAGAAGGAAGAGCAGCUCGAGAACUUCCAGCCCUCUGGACCGAGCUGGUCACUCGCUGGACAAGCCAUGGCGGUUCCGAGACUGCCAGGUGUGUGGUACGUGCACGAACGGCAGCAAGAGGGCGGCCGUCCCCUUCCCUGGCUGUUUUUCAAUGCCUCGUCGGGGAAGUACUACCGCCGAGUCCAUGGCACAACAGGAUCGUGGGUUCAGGCUGGUACUCCACACAAUCCCGUCUCAGAGCCGAUCACCAUGCUGACCAGCGUGCUGUGCCAACCAGCUGAGGGUGGUCGAAAGGACGACUUGGCUGUGGCACUUGUGGACCUACCUCGCACAGCACAAGCCCUCAAACAGCCUGUGCCCUUCAUCGACAAGCCCGCUUCGCUUUUUGUCAUGGUGGAUGGGUUGAGGAGCAGCUCAGUGGCCUCGGAGUUCUGUGCGAAACGCUUCCAUUCGCAGAUUUUGCCACGGCUGAGCUGCAGGUCUGAUCCGCUAGAAGAUCAUGAGCUUGUGGCAAUCGUUCAGGACAGCCUGGAGUCCUUGGAUUUCGCUUUGCUGGAAAGCACAGCCCGGUACAGCGGUUGCGGCCUGGCCGUGGCACUGUUGAUGGGCCGCAGGCUGGUGGUGGGCACCUUGGGUGACUGCCGAGUCUUCCUCUGUACAAGAACGUCUCCAGCUAAAGAUUCGACUGCGAAGAGGCCUGUUGGUUGGGAGGCCCGGCAGCUAGCCAGCGGUGAAGAUGCGCGUGCAGCUUCUGCCAAGCGCCUGUCGGAUGCCUGGCAUUCGCCGCUUGAGCCAAGCGGCCCUCUUCGCGCUUCAUCGGCGAGCCCGGAGCUGCUGGCUUCGCAGCCGAAUGAUGUGGAGAGGGCGCUUCUGCGCAUCGACGCCGCCGCGCAUCCGUUUGCUGCACUUGGUUUGUCAGUGGCUGCUUGUCAGGGUGGUAUUUCAAGCCUCCGGCAAGCAGCCGCAGAUUGCGAAGCUGUUCUGACUCCGGCACUCUCCACUGAGGACGGUCGGCAGGACCGUGCACGGCGAGCACUGUCAAGAGUUCAAGAAGCAGCCGCCGAAGUCGAGUCCUUCAUGGGAAUGGAUGUUUACGUUACACAGAUCCUUGCAGAGCUGUACUACCUCAUUGACGAGGAGGGGGGCAUUCCUUCUCCGAAGCGCGCGGCGGCCCUUUUAGGUGUUGAGCCAGGCUGCGGAGAGGCAGCCGCUCAAGCUGGCAUUGACCGGCGUUACCGGGCUUUGCUUGCGCAGCUAGCUGCUGUGAGUCCGAGCCACUCACAACGUGCAUUCCGAGUCCUGGCAGAGCUAGCAGAUGCCGCGGCACGUCCUUCAACUCCCCCGUUGUGGAUACCUAGUGGCGAUCGCUCGGUGAGAGUGACAAGAGCCCUUGGUUUUCGUGAUCUCAAGCGGCCAAGGCCACUAGUCGGCCUGGAGCUUUCGUCCGAAAUUGUCCGGUUGGAUGAUGGGCCGCAGCUCCUGGCGCUUCUCUCAGAUGGCGCUCGUGGUCUCAGCGAGCAGCGGUUGGCCGAGGUGGCAGCGGUCCACCACAGCCGACCGAAGGCGGCUUCGAUGCGCAUUGCUGCUGAUGCCGCUUCUUCAGCACCACCAGGUGAAGCAGUUGGCGUGAUUGCUGCUGCCUUGCAGGUUGGUACUGAAACGGAGAGCAAUCCGGCUGCCGAUGCCAAGGGGCCUGAAGCAAAAAAGCGGAAGGUGGAGCACGUUACGCCUGGUGGCAAGCGCAAAGUUCGCGUUGCCUCCCUACUUCUGAAGUACGCCGGAGUCAGCGAAGCUGACUCCUACGCACGGCGCAAAGCUCCGCCAAAUCGCUCACAGGUGGAUGCGGAAAAGCAGCUUUUACAGGUCCUUGAGGCUUUGAGCCAGGAUGCCAAGACUGGAGAAGCAAAGGACCUUGGCCUCCGAUUUGCCGCCAAAUGUGAAGCUCUGUCGGAUUGCAAGUCUGCAACCAACAAGCCUCAUGCAGAUCUUGGCUGGGUCUUGGAAGGACAAUUCGGCAAAGAGUUCGAUGCGGUAGCCUUCGAUUUGGAUGUUGGUGGCUUGAGCGACAUCUUCACCACUGCGCGAGGGGUCCAAAUCAUUACGAUGGCCUUCUCGCUUUUGCCUACACCAAGCGAGCACAGGUGCUUCUUUGCGAACACUGGGCCACGGAGUUUCCGGAAGUGA